GCCCCACGCCCCACGCCCCACGCCCUACGCCGACCGCGUUGCGCAGUUCUACCCGUCGAUGGAGUCUCCCGAGGAGCAUGCGCAGACGCAUUGCGCCCGCGCCGGCACGCUGCUGCAGAGAUACACCAAGAGCCAUUCCGACCAGGUCCAGAAUGAACAGCUCUCCCUCGACGCCCUCGCCGAGCUCGACGCAGCAGCUUCCCGCACUGGCCCCAGCGAGCUGUCAGAACGUAUUACCCAGAUCACCGCACUCGGCGCGAGCAUCCAUCUCGAGCGCCUGCUUCGCAUGGGCCUAAAGCCCGACGCGGAUGCGGCAGAGUCGGGUCUGAGAGCGCUCCUCGGCAACCAACAACCCGCCUCGGCUAGCUACUGCCUGGCACUGACAAAAUUGCUGACGAUCCUCCACAUUCGCUACGAAAGGACGGCCGACAGACAGUUUGUCCUGGAGAGUCUCGACUUGGUUGGAAGCGCCAUCGCGAGCGUGGGCCGAGAUGAUGCUGCGUGCCUUCCGGGCUUGCUGGGAGCCUGUGGCCAGGCGCUGAUCGACCUCUCCGAGUGCGCUAAUUCACCGUCGGCACUGGAAAUGGCCAUUGAUGUUCUGCGCGCCGCAGCGGGUGCCGCCCAAAGUUCGAAAGCUGUUGGUUCAAGCGAGUGGGUGCUCACCCAGCAGACCCUGGCGGAAGCGUUACGUCGGCGCUUCGAGGCGACGGGAGGCGAGCGUGACAUUGCCGAGGCCCAGGCAAUCUUUGACGGCGACGACAGCAAUGCAAGUCUCUCCCCCCGCGAGACGCUGUCGUGUUUGAUGGCUCGGCUGCGUGUCUUGCACUCGCGCUGGAGACUCUGUCCCGGUGGCGCUUCGCUGAAGACCCUGAUAAUGGAGUAUUCUCAGGCCAACCAGCUCCUUGUCCUCAAUGAUCAGAGUCCCAUCCGCCCCGAGCUCUUCCAGGCCACCGGGGCUGCAUUCAACGAGAUGUCCUUUGACCCAAAUCACAAACGGGGAGUGGCCUUUGCCUCCAUCCUGGGAGGAUACCGGGCGGGAGAAGAGUUGCUGUCGACGUGGGACGAGAAACCCGCCGACUGCCCAGGGUUUGCCCCAUACUUGUUCGCAAUGGGCAAGGCCUGGGAGCUCCAGUUCCACGCAUACUACUCGCCCGAGGCCCUCGGUGUUGCCCACGGCAUGUUUUCCCAGUGCCUCAGACUGACCAGUCCCGACUCGAGCCACUACGCGCUAAGAGCAGCCGCAAUGAUCGGAGCCCAGCGGAUGAAGCGGGACCUAGGCUUCGCCGGGGACAAGCCGGGAGACGAAUCUGCGAUAAAGACUCUGACGACGGUCUUGCUUGGCAAGCUGCCCUUGGAAGCAAAAGCAAAGGCCGCCGUUGCCACCGAGUUGGGAUACACUGCGUUGCGCCAGUACGACAGCGCCGCCGCCGCCGCCGCCGCCGCUCCCCAGAAGACUUCCUCCUGGUUGGACCAGGCGAUCCGCCACUUCCGGAAGGCCGUGUCGUUCAGCUGCACUGACAAACUCUCCCAAGUGUAUGCCCUCAAAACGCUCGCAGACGUCUUGGCGACGAGAGCGAACAGUCAUCUUCAGCGAGACCUCAAGGAGCUCGCCCUGAAGGACUGCGAUGACGCCCUACAUGUCCUCGACCGUCUCGCCGCGGCCUGCCAGGACAUCAAAGUCAACCUGCAGGAACGGUACGACACCCUCGGCGAUGUCAGGGAGGUGCAGUUCAAGAUACACGGCGACCAGAGAUACGCGGAGAAUGCCAUUGAAGCCUGGGAGAAGCUAUACGCAGGAACGGACGGCGUCUCCAUCUCGCGUCUGAUGACGGCCACCAAGGCGGCGGCCCUCCAGCAGCGCAUUUCCGGGGACCACGGCAGGGCAGCCCGGGUGUAUCGGAGUGUCGUGCUGGCAUUUCUCCAAGUCGUGUCGCCGUCGGAUACCAGGUCGGAGCAGAUAUGGAAGCUGCGGCUGCUCGGCCGCCUGAACGUGCGGGCGCUCAGCGAAGCCCUCAUGGCCGGGUGGCCCGCCGAGGAGGUCCUCGAGGUCGCUGAGCAGUGCCGCAGCGUGAUCUGGAACCUGGUGCUCGGUCGAAAAGCCAGCGCCGCGGACCUCGAGGCUAGACACCGGGCCCUAGCCGCGCGCUUCGUGAAAGCAAGAACACUUCUGGCAAGAAGCCCGAAGGCUGCGGCCGGGGCAGCAGCUGGCGACAGGUCAUGGGGAGGGCUGCUGGCGUCCAACCAAUUCCAUACGGCGGACGAGUAUAACGAAGUGCUCGCCGAGAUACGGCAGCAGCCUGGGUUCGAGGACUUUCUCCUGCCCGGACUUUCAGCCGAAAGGCUGCUCUCGGUGUCCUCGGAGGGCCCAGUCGUCCUGUUCGUCCAGAGCAACGUGUCGUCCCAUGCCGUGGUCGUCUCGCAAGCGGGAGUCUUGGUCGAGCCCCUGCCGGAUUUUAGUCAGAAGCGCUGCGAAGAGCACUACACACACUUCAACACCUUCUUGGAGGCGCGCCAGAAAGACCCCGCCAGGGCAGGAGAGGUGCUCGAGGACUUGCUCCAUUGGCUGUGGGACGCGGCGGCGGGCCCAGUCGUCUCGGCGCUUGCGAAAGCUGGAAUAUGUCGGCGCGACCCGCAGCCGACAGGCAGCCGUUUGCCCCGGCUGUGGUGGGUAAGCAGCGGCUGGAUCAGCGUGUUCCCCAUCCACGCCGCGGGCGAAUAUAGCAACUCGAAAAACCCGAAACCAAGCGAGAGACGGCGGCACGUCUUUGACUUUUUCGUGUCGUCUUACACGCCUUCGCUCGGGGCCCUAGAAUACGCGCGGAGGACAAUGCACCGCAUGAGCUCUAAUACGGUCUCGGCUACUGAUACUAACCGCCUCCCCGAGGCCGCACUAGUCAGCAUGAGGUUCACGCCCGACGUGCAGCCGGACCUGGAGCACGCCGCUAGCGAAGUGCGAGAAGCCGAGGCCAUGCUGCGGCGCGGAUACAAGGUCACCACCAUGGGACACCCCAGAGAGGAGUUCCAAGCCGUGCCGUACCGCAAGCCCGUGGUGCAGGCGCUGCGGACGUGCGAGGUGGCCCAUUUCGCCUGCCACGGCGUCGCCGAUCCGCUGGAGCCGCUCCGCAGCAGGCUGCUGCUCUGCGACUGGAAGGGGGGACACUCGCUGACGGUCGGCUUCCUGAUGCGCAUCGAGUUCAGGUCUUGCCGGCUCGUCAACCUCUCGGCCUGCGACAUGGCCGUCAACCGGGACCUGCUGCUGCGCGAGGAGGGCCUGCACGUGGCCGGCGCGUUCCAGAUGGCCGGCGUGCCGAACGUGCUAGCUACCAUGUGGCCCAUCGUGGACGCGGUUGCGCCGCAGGUGUCGAGACACGUGUAUUCGGAGCUGCUCGGCAGUGGUGAACGGCUCCAGGUUGCAAACGUUGCCGAAUCUUUGCACAAGGCCGUGAUGGGUUUGAUGAAGAGCGGCGAGAGUGUGGCGGUUUGGGGUCCUUAUGUGCACUUUGGUGCCUAAACGAUGAAGCAUGUGAGACCCUCUUGGUUUUCGUGACCGAGAAAGCAUCCCUAAAUCUCAAGCAUACUUCUGUUCUACGGAUGAGAAAAUACCUGACCUAUCCCUAGUCCCCUAGCGUACUUGGUGUUUGAAACAACCCAUAUUCUCCAUCAAUCCACAGCCGUGGGUCGGAUGGCGUGAUGGUAGCGCGUUACUUUCCGGUGACGUGGCAUGACUCGUGAGUCUCCAUUCUCGGCUGGCGAGUCCCAGCUCCAUCGAACCACAUUUUUGCUUCUUGUUUACUCAUCAUACUCUUCUCCUUUGUUUUCGGACAGACCUGGUGUAAGAUGUGGUCGCUGCCAUGUAAGAUGUAGUCGCUGCCAUGUAAGAUGUAGUCGCUGCCAUGU